GGGAUAUAUCUUUUCAUAUAAAUUGAUGAUGACAUGCACAAACCCAUUUUGACUUUUCUUUUCGUUUUGUGUCGUUUUUUCUCUCACCUCACACCCUCAUGUAGUCCUGCACGUUCUUUUCUCCCCCCUUCUCAGCCCAGUGUUCCUGCGCCUUCAUCUUGUUUUUUUCCUUCCUGUCCUUCUCCAGUUUGUUUUUUCCGUUUUCUUACUUUUGCAGUGGCAGCUCCUCAGUUCGAGCUUUGGUAAGCACUGUAAGGGAGUUUUAGGAUUCGAGCUUGGGUUGGGCCCCAUUGUCAUGAGCAAGAAAUGAUUUGAAUUUAAUGUUUUUGUUUCUAGUCGCCGGAACUUGGAUGGUGCUUAGCCGGAGAAGACCACCGAACUACAGAGUAAUGAAGUCUCUGAUUUCACUGGACUUUGCUCAUGAGGCUGUGAGGGUAUAUUGCCAGGGCUCGUCAAGUGCAUCUGAUCGAAUGGGAUAAAGAAAAGAAAUUAUGAAAAUGGUGGAGAAGAACUCAAAAAUCCAUGGGUAUGUUCUUUCUCUCCCUUUUAUUUUUUAUAUUUUUAUGUUUUUAGCGAUUUAGUGAGUAUCGGGUCAACUAGGAUCAAUAUGAGAAGACAAUAUAUGAAAUUCAUACCUCCUACUCCCUCCGUCCCCGAAAAUACUUCCAACUUUCCCUUUUUGUCCGUCCCAAAAAGAACUUCUUUUUCCUUUUUUGGCAAAGAAUUUGUAGUUCACGGCAUUUCUCUUACCUCUGCACAACUCUCCACCACACAAUUCCAACUUUCUUAAUCCGUGUGCCACUUUAUUUUGGAAGUAAAUUAUGGGACGGAGGUAGUAUUAUUUAUAAGAAAUUGUUCUAAAUGAGACUAAAACAUGCUUAAAACUCCAAAACAGGACUUGCAGUUUUAAAUUGCCUAAAUGGGACUCUAGAUUACUUUUUUACCCCUGAAUGCCCCUGAUCCCUAAAUCAUCUUUUCCCCAAUCCCUCUGCAUCGAUCACACCUCUGCUUCGAUCGCACCUGCGAUUGCAAUGAAGCAGUUGCCUGCGGUUACAUCGAUUGCGGCUCAGCUGCCAUGGACGCAGCCCAACCACCAUCAUCGCAGCUGUAAUUUCUUUCCCUGCUGCCAUGGACGCAACUCAACCGCCAUCAUUGCAGCUAUAAUAUCUUCCUCAGGAGGAGGUCAUGCACUAAUGAUUGAUGGUGGUUGGUGUCUCGCCGGAGGGUGGCAGACGGACGUUGUGGUCUGAUUGGACGGCGGCGAUGGUUCUAUUGAUGGACUGUGGCAGCACUGCUAGAAGCAGCAACAACGAUGGAUGCCGUUGUGCAUCGCUAGUGUGCAUCGCAAUAGUAGCGCAACAUAGCAGUAGGCUUUAAUUAAGGGUAAUUUUGGUAGAUUACUUCUUUUUAGUCCUAUUUUUGUUAAAUAAAACAUAGCAGUUCCGUUUUUUCAAUUCUACCUAGUUUUAGUCCUAUUUAGGUAAAUCUCUCAUUAUUUAUUUGGAAUUAUAUAUAAUUGGGAUUAAUAUCAGAAAAUCUUUAGUAAAUGCAUGGAGUACAUUAACAUGCUCCUUAAGAAGCA